ACUUGCCAAUACAGCAAAACACCAAGAUCCUGUAUGACUGCACCACUAGCCCAAGUCCACAUAGACCUUGCUGGUGGUGGCUGAACACUAGAUAUAGAGAAGCUAGAUAUGCCUCUACCUUCACGUACAGGAGCCAAAUAUGUGAUGCUUAUUACUGAUGACACUACACGUUACUGUUGGAUCCACUACCUAACUGAAAGAUCUGCUGCAAUUGAUGCAUUUCAGGGUUGGCUACAACAGAUGAAGAAUCACCAUUUCCCUGCCCCAGCCUAUAUUGUCUCUGACAAUGAAUUCUGUUCAGCUGAAUGGCAGAAAACCUACCAUCAGGAAGGCAUUGAAUGGCAACCAAGUUCUCCAUAUUCCCCUUGGCAAAACAGUGUCAGUGAGCGCAGCAUAUGCAUACUCUUUGACUGUGCCCAGACAUUAAUGCUUGAUGCUCCCCAUAUACCACAGCAAUUUUGGGUUGAUGCUUUAAAAUAUGCAUUAGAUAUAACAAACCACCUCCCAACAUCCACAGUCCUAUUCAAUUCACCUAUCCCUGGGGGGAUCAAUAUCAACACCAAAAUCAGCCCAAGCCCAUAUAAAUCGCCUCUGGCUGCCUGGACCAACUCACCAACUAGUAUCAACAAAUACUGACGUUGGGGCUGCCCUGUCUGGGUUCAUUGACAUAGCUCAGAUAAGCCUAUAAACAAGUUCAAUUCCCAUUCUAAAUGCUGCUUCAUGAUCAGCCAAAUCAGUAGCCAACAAUAUAGAGUGUGGGACCCUAAAACAGACGCCAUUUUUUCAACCAAUGACACUAUAUUUGAUGAAGAAUAUGAGGAUCCCACAACUACACCUCCACAAGCUACUGUUCCUGAA